UUUUUUUAAUUUAAUUUGAUUAAUAAUUUAUCUGUAGUAGAACGCAAUGGUAAGUCAACUUAUACGGCGAGUGACUCCAAAUUAACUCACUCGUGACCCUCUGGCUAAUUUUUAAAGUAGCCACCGGAAAUCGCUUGUCGUGCGCGUGAACUUGACGAUUGUUCUGAAGGUAGUAGCCUCUCGAGGUGUUUUGGUCCGGUCCAGUCCAGCCCAGCCGACCUCAGUCACCAAAAAAUGACAGCGAGGAAGUCUGGAUCACGACUGGAGACCGAGAUCGAGCGGUGCCGCUCAGAGAGUCAGUGGGACAAGAUACCAGAGCUGGUUCGGCAGCUGUCGGCGAAGCUAAUAUCAAACGAUGACUUGGGCGAGCUGCUGUUGGGAGAAUGCAAACUCCAGAUGUACUUGAAGGAGAAUCCCAUCAAACCGGGUUCGAGUCCCAGAGGUCCUCGUCCCAAACUGGUGGAGGUCAGGAAACAUCUCACUGCUGCUCUGGACAGAGGAAACCUCAAGGCUGAAUACCUACAGGAGGCCAGUUUGUUGAUGGCCAAACUUUGUUACGUGGAAGGAGAAUACAAAGAAGCUUUAGGUUACUUCAACAAGGUGAAUCUGGAUGACAUGCAGUUGGUUGGAGCUCCUGUGUACAGGUUGUCCAUGAUAGCUGAGGCGUAUUCAACCAAAGGCUUAUGUCUGGAGAAGGUCCCGGCCGUCUCUCCGGCUCUGUCGAACAGGAACACAGGGUCUCCGGCGUCCAACCGGAGCACAACGGAUCGGGAUCAGGAAAUCAUCACCUGCUAUGAGAAGUCUGGAGACAUCGCUUUGCUCUACCUGCAGGAAGCAGAGAAGGCGUUAUCAGCAGGGAUUCAGAACCGCAGCCCAAAACCUGGACCAACACCACAAGACAUGGAGCUGGGCUACUUCCUGGAGACCGGCCUGCAGAGGGCCCACGUCAUCCACUUCAAGAACGGCAACCUGACACAAGGCGUGGGAAGGUUUCGAGAGAUUCUGCGAGCCGUUGAGACCAGAACCACCCAAAACCUUCGCAUGACCAUAGCGCGACAGCUAGCAGAGAUCCUGCUCAGAGGGAUGUGUGAACAGAGCUACUGGUCUCCUCUGGAGGACACGCCGACUGUGUCACCUCUGGAUAAUUCCACACAGCCGGGACGCACCUACAUCAAGAGCUACACGCUGAGCCGACGCCCGCGGGUUUACUCGGGAGAAAAUUUGUUUUGCCCYCAGGAGAACACAGAGGAAGCUUUGCUGCUGCUGCUCAUCAGUGAGUCCAUGGCCAACCGUGACGCCGUCCUGAGCAGGAUUCCUGAGCACAACAACGACAGGAUCAUCAGCCUGCAGUCUGCCUCYGUGGUGUACGACCUGCUGACCAUAGCUCUGGGCAGGAGGGGGCAGUAUGAGAUGCUGUCUGAGUGUUUGGAGAGAGCCAUGAAGUUUGCCUUCGAGGAGUUCCAUUUGUGGUACCAGCUCGCCUUGUCGCUAAUGGCAGCGGGCAAGUCGGCCCGUGCCGUCAAAGUCCUGAAGGAGUGCAUCCGCCUGAAGCCCGAAGACCCCACCAUCCCUCUGCUGGCUGUGAAACUGUGCAUCGGGCCUCUGCACUGGUUGGAUGAAGGGGAGAACUUUGCGAAGCUGGUGAUCGAAAUGGGAGAGAAAGCAGCCGAGUUCAGAGCCAAAGGCUUCCUCGCCAUCGGCUUGGUCUACAGCCUUAAAGCCACCGACGCGUCGUUGCGGAGCAUGCAGGAGGAGUACCAGAGGAAAGCUCUGGGAGCCUUCCAGAGAGCUCAGAGUCUGACUCCCACUGACCAUCUCGCUGCUUUCUAUCUGGCUCUGCAGCUUGCCGUUUCCAGACAGAUCCCCGAGGCGUUGGGCUACGUUCGACAGGCGCUGCAGCUCCAAGGAGACGACGUCCACUCCCUCCACCUGCUGGCCCUGCUGCUCUCUGCUCAGAAGCAUUACCAGGACGCGCUGAACAUCAUUGAGAUGGCUCUGUCCGAGUAUCCGGAGAACUUCAAUUUGCUGUACACCAAGGUGAAGCUGGAGACGAUGUGCAGGGGACCAGAGGAAGCUCUGCUCACCUGUAAACACAUGCUGCAGAUCUGGAAGAGCUUCUACAACUUAACCAACCCCAG